AUGUUCAUCGCGCGGUCAGAAUAUGACCGGGGCAUUAAUACCUUCUCGCCGGAAGGCCGCCUUUUCCAAGUCGAAUACUCCCUCGAAGCCAUCAAGCUCGGUUCAACAGCCAUAGGAGUCGCAACCUCGCACGGCAUCCUCCUCGGCGUCGAAAAGCGCGUGACCUCACCCCUCCUCGUGUCCUCCUCCAUCGAAAAGAUAGUAGAAAUCGACUCGCAUAUCGGCUGCGCCAUGUCCGGGCUGCAAGCCGAUGCGCGAAGCAUGAUCGAGCACGCCCGCGUCGAGAGCCAGAACCACGCAUUCCACUACAACGAGAAAUUGGGAGUCGAGAGCUGUACACAGGCGAUCUGUGAUCUGGCAUUGAGGUUCGGGGAGGGCGCAGAUGGAGAGGAGAGUAUCAUGUCCCGACCUUUCGGAGUGGCUUUGUUGAUAGCGGGGUGGGAUGAUGAUGGACCGCAAUUAUACCACGCUGAGCCAUCAGGAACAUUCUACCGCUACGACGCGAAAGCCAUCGGAUCCGGCUCCGAAGGCGCCCAAGCCGAACUGCAAACCGAAUACCACCGCUCCCUUACACUCGAAGAGGCGGAACAGCUCGUCCUCAAGACGCUGAAGCAGGUCAUGGAGGAGAAGCUAGACGCCAAGAAUGUGCAAUUAGCCAGUGUCACAAAGGACAAAGGCUUUAGGAUAUACGGCGAGGAUGCGAUGGCGGAGGUGGUGGGCAGGUUGGAGAGUAAUUGA